AUGGAUUUGGUGUUGGAGAAACAAUUAUGGGUUCAGCGGUUUAGAGGGGAAGUUCUUUCUAUUGAAUCUAAACUUGCUUGUAUUAUGAGCCAGUUGAGAUCUAAUUCUGACACUUGGAGUGCGAACAAUGUUACUUCUCUGCAGAAUGCUUCUUCUCAUUCUGUUUCACUAGUUCACUGGUAUCCACCUGGGAAGGGUUGGAUUCGGUUGCAUACAGAUGGGGCUAGUGGAGGAAAUCCUGGUAAAGCAGGGGGAGGUGGAGUGUUUGGGGAUCAUUUGGGCUUGUGGCUAUCUGGGUUCUUUCGAAUGUCGUUAGUUAAUCAAUAUCGUCAGUUUUUGCUGCGCUCAUGGGAGAUCAAGCUCCCUCACUGCUUUCGGGAGGCCAAUUCAGUUGCUGAUAGACUUGCCAAUAUAGCUGUCAAUGGGAAUGGAGAUCUGCUAGUUUUGCAG